UCCCCUGAACCAGUUCGCUGCAAUUAGCGAGAGGGUGAAUUUGUCAAUUUUGUAGAAGCCUGGGAUGAAUUUGAGAAAAACCCUAAGCAGCCUUCCCUGGCGCGCUCCACUUGCCUCGCGUUUUUCUUCCUCUCGUAUUGCUCUCGCUGGUCGGACAUCAUGGUGGGAGGAGAUGUGUUCGGAGAGAUGGCUGCGGUUGAGAGCUUCAUGAUCGUGCACAACGUGGCGAAGAGGCAUAACGUUGGCACCUUAGUUAGAAGCGCGACAGCCUUCGGCGUGUCGGAGCUCAUACUAGUGGGGAGGAGGGACUUCAACACCUUCGGCAGCCACGGCUCCGUCCCUCACGUCCGCUUCCGCCACUUCUAUUCCCUAUCCGACGCCCGCCUCUACCUCAAGGAGAGGGGUUGUGACAUAUGUGGCAUAGAGAUAGUUGAUGGCGCUACAGCUGUGCAUGAGCAUCCUUUCAAGAGAAGUACUGCAUUUAUACUUGGCAAUGAGGGUACUGGUCUUUCAAGUAAGGAAUGUGAGAUUUGUGAUUUCUUUGUUUAUAUCCCACAGUAUGGUUGCGGAACUGCUUCCUUAAAUGUCACUAUAGCUGCAUCUAUUGUACUGCACCACUUUGGAGUUUGGGCAGGAUUCCAUGAGAGAGAGCGUUAUGGUGGCAAGUACAUCGUAGCUGAGAAACAAGUGAAACAACAAAGGCGUAAUCAUUUCAUAGAGUCGGAAAAUUCUGUAGUUGAGGAACGUGAGAGCAGGAAAGAGUCUUUUGACUUCUUUGGCAAUGGGAAUAGUAAUUGUGAAGUUGAUGAUUCUCAUUCUGGCAUGUUGAAUGUAUUGUUUCAGAUGUAAACGUGUGCUUUGGUGUGUGUGCAUCUUAAAGGUGUGAAAUUUACCUUUAACUUUUGAAUGAUGGCAAAGCGAUGGACUUCCCAAGGGCA